GGAAGAUGAGUAAUCGCUGGAUCCCUUUAUAUGUUUGUUUGGAGCUGUCUUUUGUACUAAGUGCACCACUCUUCUCUGUGAGGAGUCAAGAGGACAAUGUGAAAUAUGCAGAGGAAUAUCUGAAAAAGUUCUAUAAUUAUAAACCAGAUCAGGAUCGUGGAAAAUCAAGACGGAGUACCAAUUCUGAGAGCUUUCAAGGCAAAUUAAUGGAAAUGCAGAAGUACUUUGGACUCAGAAGAACUGGAGAGCUUAAUGAGGAAACACUAACCGCAAUGAAAAAACCAAGAUGUGGUCUGUCAGAUGCAGAGGAUUAUGGAGACUCUACAAGAUGGAAGAAUGUUAAUUUGACAUAUAAGAUAGAAAAUUAUUCACCCUCAGUAAUCCCUGUGGAAGUAAAGAAAAUUUUCAAAAGUGCUUGGAGAGUCUGGAGUGAUGUAACACCUUUGCGCUUCAAAGCAAGGACAAAAAAAGAUGCAGACAUUAUGAUUUCAUUUCAGCGUGGAGAUCAUGAUGAUAACUCCCCUUUUGAUGGACAUGGUGGAAUUCUAGCCCAUGCCUUUCAGCCUGGAACUGGCAUAGGAGGAGAUGUGCAUUUCGACCAUGAAGAAAUCUGGACCGCAAAUUCAACAGAUUACAACUUGUUCUCAGUUGCUGUUCAUGAAUUUGGCCAUUCAUUGGGUCUCCCUCAUUCAAACGACCCUGGAUCUGUGAUGUUUCCAGCUUACACCUACUUGAAGCCGAAUGACUUCACACUUUCAUAUGAAGAUGUUCAGCGAAUACAAGACAUGUAUGGUGCAAAUCCAAAUAAGGGUAUGUCAUUCCUACGAAAGGUGCCUCCAAAAACACCAAAUAAGUGUGACCAGAAUUUGUCUUUUGAUGCUGUUAUGAGGUUGCAGAAUGAAGUCAUAUUUUUUAAAGACAGAUUUAUGUGGCGCAGACACCCGGAGUUUAUAGACCUACGCCUGUCUUUCAUUUCUGCCAUUUGGCCAGCACUCUCUUCUGGCAUAGAUGCUGCAUAUGAAAAUACUGAACAGCGCCACCUUGUGUUCUUCAAAGGUAAUCAAUACUGGCUGGUUCAACAAUAUGACAUCCUUGAAGGAUAUCCCAAAAGCAUCUACCAUCUUGGAUUUCCAAAAAGUGUCAAGUCUAUAGAUGCUGCCCUGCACUUCAGAGAUACAAAAGAAACAUUUUUCUUCACUGACAACACAUUCUGGAAGUAUUAUGAAACACAAAAGAAACUUGAUAUGAAUUAUCCUAAGCAUAUAACUGAGAUGUGGCCAGGAAUGGAAAGCAAAGUAGAUGCAGCAGUACUGUUCAAUGAUUUCAUCUAUUUCUUCAGUGGUGCUUUGCAGUACCAGUAUGACUCCAUAAAAAAAUACAUUGUACAAACAAGAAAUGCUAAUGAAUGGCUAUGCAGUUAAAGAUGACCGAUAUUGAAUAGAACAAUGUGUGAUCUCAGCAAAUGAAGGAGUGUGCAGCUCACCAGAUGA